GCUGGACCGUGCGCACCACUACCUGGCCGAGCGCCGCGCGCAGCGGGAGCUGGAGCGCGAGCAGCACCGCCGCGACCGGCAGCGGCGCGCUCUCGGCCUCUGCAUGGACGGGUCUGAAGUGCGGCAGCAGCUGGUGGACGCGCUCGUGGGCAUGGGCUACUCGCGGCGGCUGGCGGCACACGCGCUGCGCAACUCCAACAACCACGUCGCCGAGGCCGUGCGACUCAUCCAGGAGCAGCCCGAGCUGCUUCAAGACAGUGACCUGUCAUCGGAGGAGACAGAGCCAUCCAGCUCAGAUGAUUCAUUGGUGGUGCCUGACGAGAAACUGGUCGAAGAUUUGGUGGCGAUGGGCUACGAUGCGGAUAAAGCGAAGCUAGCGCUGCGCGUGGCCAAGAACCAAGCCAGCUUCGCGGUGGAACUGUUGGUGGCGGGAGCUAAUUUCAUGCAAGAAGAUCCAGCUAACCCUUCUACCAGCUCGGGAGCUGCGUCAAAAAAGAGACAGAAGCGACGCAUGAAGGAGAAAAAGAAGCGGGAACGUGAACAGGCGUGGAAGCGUCUGUCAUCGGCGCUGCGGGCCGACGAAGAGGCGCACCUCGAUACCUCGCUGGCGGAGGAGGAGGAGUUCCUGGCGCAGUACAAGUCGCUGCUGUAAGAGAGAGGAUUCUAAGGACUGCCCUUACCACGAGGUGAGCUGGUCGCUUAGUGCGUCCAACCAUUCGAGGAGGAAAUAAACUUCCCGGGAACCAGUGGUAACUUACUAUGUGUGUGUAAUACCGGGUUACUGGUAUUUUGACUUAAUAAGAAAUAUCACUAACCCUGUAUUUUAGUGUUUUAUACUCGUUGUAGGACUACAAAAGCAUAAUGUAUCCCAAAGUCAAAGUAACUUUAUAAUUUAAGACCGCAUUUACUCUAUUUAAACACUACUGGAAUAUACAUAUUACUCGAACAGUUUUAUGGUUAUAUUACAUGUACUAUAUUGAUAUCCCGAAGUACAUAACAUUUAUAUAAGAUUAGUAUUUACGAAUUUAUAUAUCUGGAUUGACUCUACAUGAAUUCAAACAACAUGAGGUCCAACUCAACAGCAAACCCGUUUGUCAGGUGGACCGUUUAAUUUCCUAUUUUAUACCCAUUAAAUAAUUGAUCAAAUACACACUCAUAGUCAAUAUAACAUAAUAUAGUAUCUUGAUUCCUACUACGUACUUAUUUUUUGACGUUUAUAUUUAUAGCAGUGCUAUUUUGUGCCAUGACCUGUUUUUUCAGUAAGAUUUAUUAAGAAAAAACAUUUCUACUACUUAACUCUAUCGUAUUAUUUAUAUACUACGUAUAUAUCAUAAAGUAGAAUAUUCACGUAUAUAAUAAUAAUAAUUGUACUAGUAAGUAUAAAAAAGCUCAUCCGAUGGGUCCUUCCGAUUGUAUGAAUGUUUAAAACAAUAAAAUUAUGUAUACGAUAUGUAA